AUGAAGCGGCAACGCCUCGAUUCACCCCUUCCCACCAACACCCAAGCCGGCCAUCCCUCGAGCCGAGAUGCCAUGCCACCUCCACCAAAGCCGAUGUCCAGGAUGCAAUCCAUGCGCAAGAUGUUUCCGAGUCUGCGAAAGAAGUUCUCCAGUGACCGCUCCAGGUCCGCAGCAGAUGGGUCCUUUGAGGACGAUGCAGACGUGCAAAUGUAUGAUAACGGACACUGGCAAGAUGUUAAAAUCGGUCGUCACCCAGGACACGAUGACCUUCGCGGCGAGACACCGUACAUGUCGGGAGCGCUGCCCGUAGAACAGCCCCAUCAAGCCUCUGACGUUCGAGGAUCGCAGCUACUUGCUAGUGUAGCUCUCCGAGACAACCGGUCAGACUUCACAUUCCGAGCAUCAUCUCCAGUCAAGAUGAACAAGCAAAGCAGUGCUCAUCGUCCGGUUCAUUUGCCUACUGAGCCUUCAUACAUUCGUCUUAUGGAUGGUUUGUCGCGCGACAAUGGGAUGGAGCUGGGUCUGAAAGAUCCUCGCGAGCAGACGAACACGGACUAUCGUAACGAUGGCAGGAAUAGGCAAUUCCGAUCAUUCCGGCGAUUAUCGGUCACGAAGGUCAAGGACGAACCAACCUCGGGCCGGCUGGGUUGA